GCAGCUCCUUCGAUAUGCUUAGAAUAGAAAAAUAUCUCGGGCAUUUCCAGAAGCAUGCAUCUGAUUGACCGAUAGAAAUGUGUUUAUUGGUGGAAUGUGGUUUUCACUAGUCUCCAAUUACAUCUUUGGUGUGUCAGUUGGUGAGGUUUAUACGAGCUAUAUUGUCUUCCAGGGCAACCAAUCACAGCUCGCGGGUGGAAUUGGGCCACGGUCGCUCUGCGCAUGUCCGCUGUACCCAAUCACAAAAUUCUGGGUAAAUUUGAUGCACGCUGGCUGCUUGCUUGGGUUGUUUUCAAGAAUUUUUACGCCAUUGUGACCUAAAUUCCUCCACAGAAACUCACCAAACCAAGACGGAAAAGCUUGCAAUCCCGAGUUGAGAUUUUUCUGUGCUACCUAAUGACAUAACGGACACAAUUGAGGGGUUUCUUCGCCAAGCAACAUCGCGGGAAGUUGAGCUGUCGCCUUGCACGGCUUCUCUUGUUAGCAAUUAUGGCGGACGUCUCGGAUGAAAGUUAUCCUACUGAACCUCACAAGACUAAACACAAGAGAGACAGGAAUGAAAGAAGGGCAAGAGACAGAGCUAAUCGAUAUGGCGAUGGUAUGGACGGAACUUCAUCGCCAGCGAAGGAACGGAACAAUCCAGGUUUAGAUGAUAGCGGAGUCGCAAAUGACCUCGCAAGCACUGGCGAUCGGGUAGAAUCUGCGAGACGAGACAGAAGAGAAAGGCGGAAACCUAAAGAAGAGGUUGAAACACAUGCCAACGACGAGGCACCCGUAGAAGGGGCCACAGCAGCCACGGAAGAAACAUCGCCAAAGAAAAGCCUCAAGAAAGACAGAAAGAGCGAAAACAGCGCGCAUAAGAGACAGGCAAAGAGACAUUUGAGAGAAAAACGGCGGUCAACGGGGGUUGUUAUUAUGCCCGGUGGUGCCGAUGGAGAUGUGAGUAACUAUUUUAUAAUGUUCUCUAGUUAUGUCUGUUUACCAGUACGUUUUUUCUUUGAGGUUCCCUCGCCCAAGAGAACAGCUAAGAAAAUGAACUUUGCCGAUUUGUUCGCGCGAGUAAUUGCAGUAAGAUUCCGGCGUCACGAACAAUGUACAUUUCUAUAUAAGCUUAACUGUUCACACGAAUUAUUCGCGAGAUUGUGCAGUUUUAACUUUCUUCCGUUCUUUACAUCAUCCUCCAUUUUGUGAGAUGUGUUGCUUUUGAAUUUUUGUAAUCCCUACCGGGGAUUAUUGUCGCAAAAGUCAGUUUAGACUAGUAGAAAUUGACCUUUUGUUGUUGAGUGAAUUUCGCCAAAGAUGGAUAAUUUUAUUUGCAAUUCGACAUCAGCAAAUCUAAACAAUAAAUUAAAAUCAAUCCAGCUGUAGUGUUAUUUAAGGAAAAGUGGAAAUUAAUAAGUCUACGAAAAUAUAACAGAUGGUGGCAAAUUUCCUCGGUGUUUCUUAUAAUUGCCAUUGUUAUGGGACGAAUUUAAGUGUUAAAUUUUUGUACAUGUUUCGCUAAAUACCUGUCUACCUACAGGGCAAGAUGUUUUCUGUACUUUUAGAGACAUCAUGAUUUAAGUAUUCCAAUUAUCGUGAAGUUAGUCGUAGCAUUAGUCGUUUUAACAAAGAAACGAAGUUGUAUGAAGUACGGCAUCUCAACACGUGAAGUUCAAACGAAUGUCAGUAAUUAAUCCUGAACAGUUGAGGUAAAUCUUACCUUUCAUGUACAUUGUGUGAGGAUUGUAUUCUUUUGCGAAAUAAGACUUUUCUUCACAACGUAGUUCUGACUAAACUGCAUUCGAUACUUUGAUAUAAGAUGACUCAAACUUGCAUAAAAUUAAACUUUCCAAUGUGCUCCUUUAAUCGAAACACUUAUUCGCCUCUUUGAGCGUAAACAUGUACAUGUAUGUGUUGGACUUUUUUUUUAAUUAUAUUUUCUUUCGAUAACGUGUUAUGCUUUUUAUUUGCGUGCACAUUUCUUCACUCACCCAUUUCUUGAAAUUACGAGAAACUUCGCUUCAACUUCGUCCUCAUUAUAACUCAAUACGAUUAUAUUGAUCCGAGAAAUGCCUUUAUACAGUACAAUACCGUGAGGCGUUCUUUCUGAUUUCUUUAUGCUAUCAAUCAUUGAAGUGACGUUGGAAACGUAAAUGUUGUUUUGCAUUUAGAGCGAAGAAGACGACCUAACAAAGCAAGUGAAAACCAACACACAACAAAACGAACAAGCGAACGACGACGAAGUUCAAUCUGAGGUAUGCUUAGUGAAAUCCUGUUAGAAAUUCAAUGAUCUGUUGUUUUUAGUGUGUAGAGAAUAAGUCUUGGUGCUGUAUACUGCUAUGUGUGUUUUGGGGUUUUCCACACAUACUUUGUUGAUAUAGAAAAAGUUACUUUUGCAAGAUGAAAAUGUUACUUUAAUUUCCUUGUUUGAAUUGUGCAAAAAUAUGGGUACCAAGUGUCAAUGCCCAUAGUUAGUGAAAUUCCUAGUGUAUAUCUAAAUUAGGGCAUUUAAACACCCUUGAAAUGUCGCGUUUAUGAGGUUCUCCCAUCAGACAAGUUGUUUUAGACAACAAAGGCUUGUUUUAUCAUAUCUUAAUAUUAUUUAAUUACAAGAAUUGUUUCUCAAUAAAUUAAUAAAAACAUUUGCUCUAAUCUUUUGUGCUGUCCUUCAAGUUGAUGAAAAUAUAAGACAAAGUAUGGCUUAGCAGAAAUUGAAAAGGGAUAUGAAGAAAUGUGAUAGUUUAUCGCAAAUGACAAAACAUAACAAGGUUAUUUGACUGUUUUACAUGCAUAUAAAUGGGACUCCGUGAAAAUUAUCACAUUUCUUAAGCUUUAAAAGAAGUCUGCUUAUCAGUUAUCCAGAAAGCUGAAGUUUGGCAGGAGUUUAUUUUUUUUUUCCAUUUCAAAACCUUGUUAAAAGUCUAGUUUGAGCAGAUAAUCUGAAGUCUACAAUAGCAACUGUGGAUGUUUGGCAGAAAUGGUAAACAUUACUUUUUUCAUCUGUGAUGUCUUUGAUUGAAGCUUUUUUUUCACACUUUUGAUCGCAUUUCCAUUCGUACAUACAAUUCUGAUUAGUUUUUUUUUCUCAAUUCUUGACAUUUUUUCUGGAUUUGUCCUUAAAGUGUGCUUGUAUUCAUAUUUUUACUUUUAUUUUGUUCAUUUUUGUUAGUGUUAUUUUGGAUGUCUCUCACAAAAAUGUACACAUUGUGUUUAUGUUUAUCUUUGUUUUUAUAGCUCAAGGUUUACCCGAUCAGUAACAUUUGCCUUUAUAAUAUUAUUUUCUAGGACAUUGCCUUAUUUAGAAAUUACCUUUAGAGUACUCACAGACAAAAAAAACUACUGGAAAACUACUUAAAAAGGCAAUGAUAUUUGUAUCAAUGUUAUUUUUUUUGUUUUCUAGUAAAGUCGUUUGAAAGAGAAUUAUUAAUAGUAGGGUAAAUUCAAUUCCCUGUUGUCUGGCUAUUUUUAUAUAUUUGUCAAGCGGAAAAUAGACUCAAGUUGAUGGAUUGAAGGUUUAUUAACCAGAUUGGCUUUGGCAUAAUAACAAUGCUUGGCUUGUGAGAUAUGAUAACAAAACUUUAAAAGUGUCUACUUGAAGCUCAUCUUAGGUUCCCUCCAAUUUUUUUUAACCCAAAAUUUCAUGUGAAUUAUUGCUUAGAGACUCUGCAUCUGACUUUUAGUAUUUUUUGGUAUCAUAAAAUAGGAAAAGUUUUCUUCUUGUAAUCCCUCUCUCCAACAUUUUGGUAGAAUUAUAAUUAUGGAGCAAAGAUUGACAGUAAGAGAAAAGCACAUGAAAAUCACAUGUAGUUAUCCUCCAAGAGUUUUAUCCAGUCUACACUAUUUUGCAAAAACAGAUCAACAAAACUUAGGUAUUUUCAGACAUGGCAAAUGCACUUGUGUGUUUGAUGUUUUUUGUUUGUGUUUCAAGUAAGGUAAAGGAAACUUGUGCAGAUAAGCUUUCAAUUUUGCUUGAAAAUAUCCAAACCAAAAUGGUACAGUGUAUAGAUCAGACAUGGUUAAUACCUUGUAUUUUUAAUCACCGUUGAAAGGAAAGUGUUCCUCUGAGGAACCGUCACAUGCUGCAUGUAAAUAGCAAGUUAGCACUAGUCACUUAGAAUUGCUGAAAUCCAAUUUGGUAAAUUAAUUAAUCAUGUGUGAAAUUUGGUGAUAACAGGGCGGGUUAUACCAACUAGAGGUGUUGUAUUAAGUGAGGGCAGAUAAUAUUAAGUUGACUAAAAUCAUUCUCUUUUCCUUCUAUCUUGCAGGAUACUCCAAGAAGUAAAGGGUGUGUUUCAUUUUUUCAUGAUUUUUACUUCCGCAAUUUAUUUACCUUUACAUGCGCUUGUUUACUAUAAGCGUAGAUUAGAGAUGUACACUGUUACCAACUCUUGUCCCCAUGGCUGUGAUCCUUCUGGUCAGGGCCACAGAUCGAGAGCUCUCACUGGCACUAGGAUAAUGUGCAAGUGCUGUAGUUCCUAUUUUGUAACUACUGAAAACCAUUAGUGUUUCAAUUUCUGAGGCUGCGCAGAAAGGUGGAAGUCGUAUAGUGCACACUUCUUGCUUAAGCUCCCGUCAGAGCUCUGGGUCAGUGGUGUUGCAGCUCUGGGGAUGAGAAUGACUGUUACUCAAUCAAACUAAGCAACCCACUUAAAGACCUGCUUGCCUCAUGGACAUCACAUUAGAACUGUCAUCCAUCAUUGAAUUCAGCAUAUCAACUUGAGCUGAGAGAGGCGUAACUUGCCAGUUAUUUGAAAUGCGCUGAUUAACAAAUUGGGGAGCCACUGUGGUAAAGCUGUGAUUUAGAUCUAAAGAUUUACAGUUAAACUGUGGUUAUUUUCAGGGCUGUCACUAAGGGCCAGAUGUUGGGGGCUGACGGCCGGGGAAAUCCCCGGCUACUAUGAGUGCGAGCCCCAGCUACUUCCAUAAGAAAAUAAAGCAAAAUGGAACCGAAAGAACUUCCUAGCUGGACAAUUCCCCUCCUACUUAAGUCAACUCCUUUUAUAGUGAACACCAUAGGGACCUUGAGUUAGUGUCCUUGAUUGCCAGAGUCCGUAACUGCAGGAGUUUAUUUCAGUCAAACAUCUGUAAUAUCUUUUUGCCUGGAAUUUACUGCUGUCUGGAUUGUCGGGGUGUGUGUAACAGCAGGGUGUUAUUGUAUAUACCCGGCAAAUUGACAUUUUAGUGACAGCCCUGUGUUUAUUAAGACGCUAUGCUGUGCAUCGUCUUUCCCAUAAAAAUAAUUAUUAGAUUAAGUGAACUGUCCUUGAAUUUCUGCUAAAAGUGGGUGUCUAAGGAAUGCUUGGACACCAUUCUGGCUUGAAGCGUGUUCCCUGGUGUAGUGUAGUAACAGUAGCUUUCUGUAAUUGCUGGCUUCUUUAGACGUAUUUUAACUCACAAGGGCUCUGUAAAUCCAUGCCUGGAUUCACAGACGUGCCAUUAAUUCUUGCUCUCUAAAAUAAAUUUCAUUUUUUUAGAUCAAACAGAAGAAUAGAGCAGAAAGCAGUAAGUGAACUUUUUGUUGUCUUUGUGAAAAGUUAACCAGACUAUCUGUUUUGUCAGUCAAUACUGUGUAGAUUACCAUGAAACACAGGUCAUCAAAUUAGUGACUUUUGCUCCAUUGUUAGUUGCCAAAUGUUUCUAUAUUCGCCUUGGCAAAGGUAAACAGUUUAUGAAACCUUGGGAGUUUGCCAUUUACCCAAACCACACGAGUGGAAGUCUUGUGCAUAAACGUAAAACUAUAAAAUUUGGUGCGCAGGGAGAAUGACCCGCUACAAAAUACAUGUAUAUCCAAAUCAGCUGAACAUAACUUGUCUAAAAGAAUGGGAAAUUGCAUCACCUCAAUUCACAGUCCAUGUUUUCUGAAGCUUCUCAAAGAGAAUGGUGCAAACCAUUUGAUUUUCCCACGAGAAUUUCUAGUUUUCCAGUGUAAAUGGUAUUGUGAAAGGUUGAGUUGGAUCGUCCGGGUGACCGUAGUCCUCAGUAGGACUGUUGUUGUUGACAGUGACUGACAACAAUAGACGACUGUUUAACUGUGACAAUAGAUGGAUCGAAACGCACCAAUUACUGAUUACGAGUCUUCAUAGCCAAUAACAUCAAGGCUUAACUGACAGAUGACCAAUAACAUCGCAACAUAACUGACCAAUCAGAGCAAUAACCAGAGUAUAAUACCAUCAACUGACGUGAUACAACUCACUUUGACUCUGAAGAUGACUGCCGCACAGGUUGUCGAAACGUGAGGCACUGUCAACAACAACAGUCCUAAUCAGGACUACGUUCACCCGGACGAUCAAACUCAAGCUUUUUUUGUAAAUGGUGUUCUAAGUACCCCUGGUCAGUUUGGCACGAAGGGAUCUGCCGACAGUAGAGUUAUCCUUGCAAUAUUGGUGUUGAUAAGGUGAGUGUCAACUGUAAUAAAUACCGGUAUGAACUUUUGAUAUUUUCAGCAAAAAGAUAGUGAAACUAUUCAGACACAACAACUGCUUGAAAAGAUAGAUGAUUAUGAAACGCAGAUAGAAGACUACAAAUCAGAACUUGAUAAAGUCAACAAGGUAGGAGACACUUUAGUCUAUAUAAUUUUUCAUUCCCUUACAUGUUCAUGACAAAAAAAAAUAAAAUGAAAAAAUGAGUAAAAAGUACAUGUACUUAAUUAAAUUGUCCCUCCUUAUGGGGCUUUUCAGGUACGCUAAAACAAAUUAUUUAAAUGGAAGAUAACAGGGUUGCGUGUCCCAUCUGGUGGGGGGUGAUCUGUUGGCUGUUUACAAGCAUGGCCAAGAAUAUGAACUUGGAACUAUGCAAACAAAUCCAGCUAGUGGUCAGGGUGGGACUUGAACAUGGGGCCCUCCAAUUACAAGUCGAGUGCUCUUACCGCUUGGCCACACUGCCUCCUUACAAAAGAAGUGAGUGAGUUUAUGAAGCUUUCCAUCCGAUGGACCAGAGAUGAAAGAGCUAUACCAUCACUGAUGACAAGAGUGAGAAAAGAAGGCUCUUCCUGUGAUAUCCUUCCUGAUUAAGAAAGUGAGGUAGGGGGCAGGGGACACACAUGUGUUAUUUAUUUAUACACCUGUACAGCCUGCAAAUACGGCCAUCUCCUCUUGCUCCUUGCCGCUAAGGAGAUUUUGCAGUGCUGACCUCCCUCCUGGUGAAAUGUCCUUUGUGGCAAGGAGCCAGGGUAGACAGCUGCUUUCACAGGCUACUGACUGUUUACUCUGAAGAUUCUGUUCUUCUUUCACUCUUAGUGUCAAAAUGUACCAACUUUUUUGCCUGUUUCAUCUUGUAGGAGCUGGAGCAACUACGCUUAGACAACCAGCGGCUGAAAAUCGAAAACAGCUCUUUAUUACGUGUUAUAUCGGUAAUGAAACCAAAGUAGUCUUCACCAUGGUGUAUUACUCAUUUCUUUGCUGGGCUGCUGUAGAAUUAUUUUUGUUAACUGAUUUAGUGAAAUGGACGGCCCUUCUGCCAGAACUGACUAAUUUGCCACAGUAUCAGGAAGACAAGAUGGAAUUCUGCUUAAGAAAGCACUUUGCUAGACUGUUUUACUGUCAUGUACAGUAAUGACUUGCUGCAGAAGAGGCAUCGAGUUGCUGUUGUGAAUUAUUUUCUGUGGUUUGCACAUAUAUAACUUUAAAAGUUAUAGGAUGGAUUUUUUAUGAAGUAUAUAAUAAUCUUUAGUUUGACUUAUAUGUAGGUAACCUUCUGUAGGGAGAGAAAACACAAUUACUUUAGCUGAAAUCCAAAGAAAUACCAGAGAUAUUCCAUGCUGUGGUCUGUGAGACUUGCACUGUUCUGUUUUCUUGAAUGUAGAUAGAUUUAGUAACAGCGUGUCCUGUUAGGUCAGUAGAUACACUUUAAAACGGACUCUACAAAAGCAGCGCCCGUCAGAAGGGUAAGCGUUGGUUACUGAAAUUCUGACUCAUGAGACUGAAUUUUAUUUCUCGUGGGAUUGUCAAGGCAUGGUAAAUGCUAAAAGAACAUGGCAAAGUACUGCUUUGUGUUCACACGGUUGUAGUUCUUUGUUGGUGUAAAGAAUUAUAUCAAGGCAUGGACCCUUUGGUCCACGCACAACUGUUCUUCGUGUUUCAGUUCCGUGCAAUGUUUGAAGUGUUCAUUUUACUGACCAGAAUUCAGAGCAGUCUGUUAUUUCUUCUCAGGUUUUCAUGGUUCUUAGAAAUGUUUUAGACGACAGCUCCUCGCAGCUGCGUAGAGUGUGUGUUUGUACAUGUACAUGUAUGUGUUGUCUACCCCCUGUGCAAGUCUGAAAGUUUAUUCCUACAUUGUAAUUGAAUAAUUCACGGACUAUGAAAAAAUAUAUAUUACUUAAAAUAUUGCCCGCCUUUGUUGAAUUACGGGCAGUUUACUUCGUAGAAAGUGGAGGUUUUUUAAUGCUGUAGGGUUUCGAAAAUCGAUUUAUCAGUGCAUAAAGAGAUUUGAAUUGAGAUGUUGAAUGGCUUGUUUGGGAAAAACAAAAAGAUGCUGGCAUUUGUUUAUAAACAGCUCUGGCUUUGUCACUUUGUAUAAAAUAGAGUCUUUCAUUUGCGUACUCUUUCGUUGCUCUUGUUUCAGUGGGCGCGCAAUGCCAUUAUUGCGUGAGAUGCACAUCGAGGGUCACUUUUACCAAUGUAAUUUACAAGUGUAACUAUUGUUUGAAAAUAAUAACUGCACUUGUAAGAGUUUUUCUGAGUUGACCUCAGGAUAGAUUCUGUUACCAACAACUCGUAGCAUUUCUAAUUUAAAAGUUUUGAGAACUUGGAAAGCGCAAGUGGAAAAAAGCCUUUAGAAAAAGAAUUUUUUAUUAAAAGUUUUAGGCGGAUGCUUGUCAAGCUUCGUCAUUUGCCUUUGCAGCGAUUUCUUGAUCGUGGGUGGCAAAUUGAUCUCCUUCAAACCACAUCUUUGGUUCCAUUGUCUUUUUAUUUUAUUUCACCCUGAAGCAAUCUUUUUUGAGCUCUUCCUUUGUCCUCGUUUCUCCAGUUUCAGUUAUUUUAACAAUGACUCUUUAAUGUUAUAUUUUUGUAUUAUGUUAGUAAAUACAAUUUCAGUGAUUAAACAAAGGAAACUUG